AUGAUCCGCCAAUCCGUUGUUCUGAUCGUCGCUUUGCUGGCCCAAGAUGGAGCCGCCUUUGCUCCCAUGGCCAAGCCAUCGUCCGCUGUUGCGAGCAAGACACAACUGAACUUUGGGAUUCCCUCUUUUCUUACACCCAAACAGGACGAUGACGAAGAGGGUGACAAGAUAGAGGCUCUUCCUAAGAAAGAAUUGACUUUGGCCGGAGUGGUGCAGCUCAUUACAGCAGGAGCUGGAGCUCCCUUUUUGGGAGACUUUCAGGGUGUCGACGAAGAAACUGGAAAAUUCAUGUUUUCUUUGGAAGCCAACAACUUGGUGGACGAGGACGGAAAUUCCAAGCAAACUCAAAUGCCUUACUUUGAGCAGGGAUGGGUGGAUCCUGAAGAUGCCAAGAAGGCAGCAGAAGGAUUCAAAUUCCCUUGGCAAAAGUAA